UCUCUAUUAGAGUAAAUAUUAUUAUGCAUCGCAGAGUUUCAAGAUUCCAAUUUCAAGUAUCAAAUAAUCAUACAAUUCAAAUCAAACCAUUAUAAAAACAUUGAUUUUUUUGGGCGAUUUUUGGCUAAAACAAGUUGUUUAUAAUUUGCUGCAGUCCACCACUAUAAGCAAUAGCUGUGGUUCAUUAACAUUUUUAUGAGAUUUUUAAAAGAUUGAUCACAAUUUUGCAUAUUCAUUCACUUGCAAACAUUUAUUUUUAUGCUUAUACUCAACGUACGAUCAACGGCCAACGUUAUAAAUAAUGAUGAAGCAGCAUUUGGCGGCAAAGAGUAGCAGCAGUUUUUCAAGUUUACUACCGUGUCUGAAAAUUAAUCAUAAUAAGCGUAAACAUUAUAAAUGUGGUGAAAACAUUAUGUUUACAUUUGCUCUUAUAAUCUUGACUACACUUUUGAACUUGUGUUGUGGCGUGCAAUAUCAGCCGCCACACAACAAUCAUCGUUUGCUGGAAGCACAUCGACCAUCAUCAUUGCAAUUGGCCAAACAAUGGAAACUGUUUACGUUCAACUUCCUGUCGCAUGCCCCCAUAAAUGACAUGAAUUUCUUUAAUCCAUCAAAUAUCUUGGCAACUGGCCUUGUUGUGACCGAGGAUCGUUUUAUUAUUGCAACGCCAAAGUUGUUUUCUGGUGUACCGUCAACAUUGAACUGGGUUUCAAGAUCAGCCUAUGAAGAUUCACCAGUUUUACAGGCCUAUCCCGAUUGGUCUUUCGCCACCACCGGACGUACCGAUUUCAAUUGCAGCGAUUUGGUUUUGGUCUCAGUCUAUCGCCUACGUUUAGAUUCCUGUAAUCGUUUAUGGGUUUUGGAUGCUGGCAUCUCACGUUCCCUCGAAGAUUACGAAAAAACUUGUCCGCCCAAGAUUUUAGUCUUCGAUCUGAAAACGAAUCAAGUGGUUAGACGCAUAGAUUUUCCAGCGGGCGUGCUUAGGGGAGAAUCUUUGUUCACCAAUUUGAUUAUAGAUGAGACAACAUCUAAAGCGGGUACUUGUGAUGAUGUGUUUGUCUACAUUUCGGAUACAGUGGAACCCGGUAUUGUGGUGUAUGACAGCAUAAGAGAUACAACUUGGAGAGUUACACACCCGGCCAUGUACCCUGAUCCCGAUUUUGCUCAAGCUGAUAUUCUCAAUGAUCGUUUUGUGUUGAUGGAUGGUAUUGUUGGUAUAACAUUCGACGCUAAAAAGGGCUUAGUUUAUUUCCAACCUUUUGCCACUGACAGAAUUUUCUCAGUCACUCGAGAAGUCUUAAGAGCUGGCCCCAUAGCCAUUAAUCAAGUAUUGCCCGUAAAGUUGGUGGGCAAAAAAUCGUCACAAGGUAUUGGUAUUGCUGUAACGACAGAUGGUACAUUAAUAUUCAGUCCUUCAACUGAAACUGCAGUAGCUACAUGGAAUCCCAACACAAACGAACAAAACAUUUUGGCUCAAGAUAAAGAGCAUUUACAAUUCAUCUCCGACAUCACUCUAUCGCCCCACGAUCCCGGCUAUGUUUAUGUAAUAUCGUCCAAAUUCCAUAGAUUCUUUUUGAAAAAUCUCAAUGUUGAGGAAGUGAAUAAUCGUCUUAUAAGAAUCCCACUACCCGGUUACACACCACACCUGCCAGCCAUACAACCUUCACCAUACGCCCUUAAACCUUAUGCCAUUCAAGGAAAUCUUAAUUCCUACUACCAGCUAACCAACUCUCUACAACCGAAAACUACAAAUAGUGCUCCCUACUUCAGUAGACCGGCUGUAACCAGCAGUCAUCCCUAUAACUUUGAAAAUACUGGUAUCAUAAAUUAUUCUUCUAAGAAUCCGUUUACCGCUCUGAACCAGGGCGAAUCGUUCCCUCCCCGCAAAGAACAACGCAAUCAAGAUCAAUAUUCGUUUUUGGAAAGUUUAGCAGCAAUAACAUCUUCAGCACCAUCGGAUCCUUCCUCAAUAUUAAAUAUUCAUCCAAAUAGUGGCAAUCCUCCAGGUUUUUAUUAUUCCCGUUCAGCGCGCAAUGCUAAUAAUAAAGAGACAGAAAAUGUAAGUGAACAAUAAAUGUGUAGAGUGGUUAGU